AUGCUGAGAGGUUCCUGGAGAUGGUGCGAUCUUCCGGCCUCUGUGCCGAGCCGCAGCUGCUACGGGAUGCGACGCGGCAGAGGCUCCACGAGGCUUUGGAGUGGUUUGUCCAGCCGGGAGAAAGUCGGCACCGCCUGCUUUAUUACUGCGGCCAUGGCUUCAACCCGUUCGGCAAGUUUCUCGUGGCCCCGGUCGAUGCCGGGAAGUGGGAGGAUUGCCUGGAGUUGCCUGACACGCUGCUUCGGAAGGCUGAGGCCCUGGUUGAAUGUGGUCGACAAGCCCCUAGUGGUUUGCGCCUUCUUCGCUUGCGGCCAGGACGGUUCCCACACAAGUUGGGGUGAGCCAUCACCACCUGCGAGUUGGCAUGCGCUCGGGACCAACAGCGAGAGACACCAGUUCGUCUUCUCUUUCGCCACUGCUCCCAACAGGCCGCCGGCCGCGAGCAGCGUCUACACGGACAAACUCACUGCCCUUCUCGCCGAGAAGCCGUUGUGGCUCCACGAAGUCUUGCAGAAGCUGUCUCGUGAGGUGCAGUCGGCCUCUACCGGUGUGGAGCUGCCCUGGAGCUGUGACAAUCUGAAGGACGCGGUGCCGCUCUUUGCCAACCAGAUGUCUCUCGAACAGGGCAAAGACAACCAGAAGGCACUUCUAUGUGCUGCAGAGGGCGGUGCGCUGGAGGAAGCCACGGCACUGAUCGCUGCAGGUACGGAUCUCAACGCCAAGGAUGGGAGAGGCGUUUCUGCUUUGUGCACAGCGGCUGCCCACGGACACCGACAAGUGGUGUGGCGCUUGGUGGAUGCUGGUGCUGACAAAGAUCAGGCGGACGAUUCUGGGAACACUCCAUUGUCCUUAGCCGUUCAGCAUGGCUACUGCGAGAUCGUCCGAUUCCUCAUCGAUGUCACUGCUGAUGUGAACAGUUCCGAUGUGAACGGGCGCAGCCCUUUGACCUUUGCUGCUCAGCAGGGGAACUUCGCUGUGGCAAAGCACUUAGUGGAG